UGGUCUUCAGCGCUUCUCCCAUGUCUGCUGUUAAAAAGGACCCAGCCUAAAAUAGCCCCUUUGGGAGUGGCAAACGGCUCCCCUUCAACAGCAAGAAACAUUCAAAUUCAAUUUGACUCAGAACUGAAUAGGAAAACAGUUCUGCAACGUUGGGACAUUACUGAACGUUAACAUCAUAUGAAAACCCAUGGACAAUCCCAAAUAUGUUGUCAAUGACGAGAAUUGGCUUGGCCCCAGUUUUGGGCUAUUUGAUUAUUGAAGAAGAUUUUAAUAUUGCAUUAGGAGUUUUUGCUUUAGCUGGGCUAACUGAUUUGUUGGAUGGAUUUAUUGCUCGAAACUGGGCCAGUCAAAAAUCAGCUUUGGGAAGUGCUCUUGAUCCACUUGCUGAUAAAAUACUUAUCAGUAUCUUAUAUGUUAGCUUGACCUAUGCAGAUCUUAUUCCAGUUCCACUUACUUAUAUGAUAAUUUCAAGAGACGUAAUGUUGAUUGCUGCUGUUUUUUAUGUCAGAUAUCGAACUCUUCCAACACCGCGAACACUGUCUAAGUAUUUCAAUCCUUGCUAUGCCACUGCAAGGUUAAAACCAACCUUCAUCAGCAAGGUAAACACAGCAGUCCAGUUAAUCUUGGUGGCAGCUUCUUUGGCAGCUCCGGUUUUCAAUUAUGCUGACAGCAUUUACCUUCAGAUACUGUGGUGUUUUACAGCUUUCACCACAGCUGCAUCAGCUUACAGUUAUUAUCAUUAUGGUCGGAAAACUGUUCAGGUGAUAAAAGGCAGAUGAAGGUCAUCCAUCAUCGUUAGCAAGGAAGCAGUAUGUAUCAUUGGUGGCAGGGCCAGUGGAAAUGUACAGGAGCCUCCCUAUUUUGGUGUUCAGCUUGAAAAAGGACUUGUCAGAACAAACCAUGUCAUCGAUAUUUAAUGUGCAUUGAAAAUAAGCUUGAUCAUGGGCAUAUGCAGAAUUUCCAAUGUAUUUUUAAAUACAAAUAAAACUAUCAUUUAGAAUUUUUUAAUCUUAGGUUUCUUGAUUAACUUACAAGGAACCAAUUCCAAUUAUUGUCAGUCAUUUUUUAAUAUUUUUAAGAAAAAAUAGACCAGAGCAUGGAAACUAGAGAAUUGUCAUUUCUCUUAAAUGGAAUUUAGAUUGCUCACAGAGCACUAGGGAAUUUCCUGGGUUUAAAUAUAUGUAGCCUAUACAACUUGGCUACACAUUUUAUGUUUAAUUUGAUUGGUGUACAUAUUAACAGUUCAUGUGGUUAAUAUUUGAUCAAUUAGGAUAAUGACAAUAAAGGUAGCUUAGCUGUAGAUGAAAUAAACUUGUAAAGAGAUUAUAAAGAUCAAAAUAGAGAAUAUUAAAGUUUAUGUUCAGUAGUCUUCCAACCUCUCAGGUGCCUAAUAGUUUAUUUAUCAGGAUAACAAGGAACAGAGGUCGCUGGAAUAUGAAAACAUAUCCAUGAGCCUGCACUAUCCCGGAGGCGGUGAAUUAUACCAUGCCUUCCCCCUGCAUUUCUAACGUAGCAAUGUUUAAAUGAUACUGGAACCUGUACCCAUAUGUUAUGUAAAUAAUAUGAAACUGUAUUUUUUCAACUUUUUUAAACUUUGGGGAAUAUUCUUUGUUAAGAUGUUAAAAGAAUUAAAAAUCUGGAAAAAAGUGUA